AUGGAAGGAGUUCCAGGGAUCAACACAGUUCCAAAUCCUAACCAUUACGACAAGUCAAUAGUGCUAGAUGUAAAACCACUGCGAAGCUUGAAACCUGUGUUUCCAAAUGGUAAUCAAGGUCCACCAUUUGUUGGAUGUCCACCUUAUGGCUCUGCUCCUUCUGGUUACUCGCCUUUCUUUCCAUUUGGAGGACAACAACCAACGCAAGAACCUCCAGAUCUCAAUCAAACCCAAGCCACACCUCCUCCAUCGUUUGUUGCUCCUCUUCGAUCAUAUAGAUCACCUACUGUUGUACCAACACCUACUGUUGUAUCAAACGGCCCUAGUAGCAGCUCAACUGGAGCUAAAAGAGGAGUUGGCCGUCCUAAGGGAUCUACUAACGCCAAGAAGAAAGAGAAGACUGUGCCUGGAGAGCCUAAUUUGGAUAUCCAGGUGAAAAGAUUCAGCACAGGUUAUGAUAGUGGGAUUAGUGUAGCUGAGAGAGAAGAUGGGAAUGGGGACUUAGUAAGUAGUGUGUUGAUGCGUUAUGACGCUGUUAGGAGGCGGCUUGGCCAAGUGGAAUAUGGGAAGGCUACGACUGCGAAAGCAGCAGGCAUUAUAAUGAGCAAUGGGGUGAGGACAAACAUGAAGAAGAGAGUUGGGAAUGUUCCUGGAGUUGAGGUUGGGGACAUCUUCUUCUCCCGUAUAGAGAUGUGUUUAGUUGGUCUUCACAUGCAGACUAUGGCAGGGAUUGACUAUAUAGCUAGCAAAGUUGGGUCAGAUGAAGAGCCUUUAGCAACUAGCAUUGUUUCAGCUGGACGUUAUGAUGGUGAAGCUCAGGAUCCUGAGUCUUUGAUCUACAGUGGACAAGGAGGUAAUGCAGACAAGAACGGACAAGCAUCUGAUCAGAAGCUUGAAAGGGGUAAUCUUGCAUUAGAGAAGAGCUUGAAGAAAGGCAAUGGAGUGAGAGUGAUACGAGGAGAAGAGGAUCCAGCUAGUAAAACAGGGAGGAUCUAUAUCUAUGAUGGACUUUACUCAAUCUCAGAGUCAUGGGUGGAGAAAGGGAAGUCUGGUUGCAACACAUUUAAGUAUAGACUGGUGAGACAACCUGGUCAGCCACCUGCUUUUGGAAUCUGGAAAGCUGUUCAGAAGUGGAAGGAAGGUUUGACUACAAGAAGAGGACUUAUCCUUCCUGAUCUCACUUCAGCAGUUGAAAGCAAACCUGUCUCCCUUGUGAAUGACGUUGAUGGAGAGAAGGGGCCUGCUUAUUUUAACUAUAUCUCUUCUCUGAAGCACGUGGAAACGUUUAAACUAAUCCAGACCAUGAUUGGUUGUUCCUGUUACGGCUCAUGUGCGCCGGGGGAUCUUAACUGCUCUUGCAUCAGAAGAAACGGAGGUGAUCUUCCUUACCUUAAUGGGGUCAUGCUUGUUUCUCGGAGGCCAAUGAUAUAUGAAUGUGGCCCAACCUGUCCAUGUGUUGCCAGUUGCAAGAACAAAGUGAUUCAGACGGGAGUUAAAGCUCGCCUGGAAGUGUUUAAGACAGCGAACCGUGGUUGGGGUUUACGUUCUUGGGACGCCAUCCGUGCUGGUACUUUCAUUUGUGAAUAUGCUGGUGAGAUCAAAGACAGAGGCAAUCUUAGAGAGGACCAAGAUGAGGAUGAGUAUGUCUUCGACACAUCACGUGUUUGUAAUCCAUUCAAGUGGAAUUACGAGCCUGCAUUAGUAGAUGAGGACCCUUCAGAGGAACUCCCAGAGGAGUUUAAUCUCCCAUCACCAGUCCUGAUCAGUGCCAAGAAUUUUGGAAAUGUUGCUCGGUUCAUGAACCACAGUUGCUCCCCCAACGUUCUGUGGCAGCCAGUUGUUUGUGAAGGAAACGGUGAAUCAGUUGUCCACAUUGCUUUCUUUGCCAUCCGUCACAUUCCUCCAAUGGCUGAACUGACUUAUGACUAUGGAGUCUCCCCUACAUCCCAUUCUGGAGAUGGAAGCCUUUUACAUGGAAAGUGGAGAUGUAACUGUGGAUCUGUGAAAUGCCGUGGCUCUUUCGGAUAA